CCGACAUUUGGCAUCACACUCAAAACCCUCGUCUUUGUGGGCUGUGGGCUGUGGCACCGCCCGACCGCCGGCUCCGAUCAUGGCCGGCGACGGCGACCUCGCCUCCCGAUGCCUCCGCCAGCAAGUCGCCCUCGCCUCCGACCACGACUUCGCGUUCCAACUCCAGCUCAACGAGGCCAUCCAAGCUUCCCUCCGCGUCCCAACUCCCAAUCGGCCCUCUUCCAGCGGCGGCGGCGGCGGCGCCGCCGCCACCGCAUUCUGCUCUUGCCGCUCAUGUCAACCCGUCUCUGCGCUCUGGUCCUCCGAACUCGCACUCGCCGAACUCGCGCGCCAAGAGAAGAACCGCCGCGACGCCCAGGCCUUCCGCGUCGCCCACGCCCAGGCAAACACCUCCGCCCGCGUGGCCUCCCGCGGUUCCCUCUUGGCGCGCGAGCUCGCUGACACUCCAGACCGCCGACGGGCGCAUGGUGGGGACCGCCUCGAGCGGCCUCUGGACCCAAGCCGCUCCCCUUCCUCCCGCAUCUUCUACAAGGGCUUGUCGAACAAGGAGGGCGCCGGCGGGUGGUGGGUCGUCCCGGCCCCCCGCGUCGCGGUGCUCGCUGUGGUCGUGUACGAUCCCCAGGGGAAGGUGGUGCGCACCAUACAGAAGCGCGUGGAAAGGUUUGUGGGCGGACGCAUGGAGCUCGAGGUGCUGGCGCUCAAGGAAGGCAUCCAGGCUGCGCUCGAGCUGGGGAUACGAUGGGUUAACAUCGUCUCCGACUUCAAGGCGCUGCACAAAUAUAUGCUUGGAACUUGGCGUCCCACAAAGAACAAGAGUGAACAUAUGGUAAAUGAGGCUCUCUCACUAAUGAGGAAAUUCAAUCAUUGUGAAUUCUCACUUAUUCCAUGCGGCCAAGUUGGUUAUGCAACAAAACUAGCAACAGAUUUGGUAGGCACCAACAAGAAAGAGGCCUGCAAGAGAGAGACCUGCACCAUCUGCUUGGAAGACACUGAUGUUUCUAAGAUUCACGCAGUUGAAGGCUGUGCGCAUCGGUUUUGCUUGUCCUGCAUGAAAGAGCAUGUGAGAGUUAAGCUGCGCGAUGGAACGCUCCCAGCUUGUCCACAAGAUGGCUGCACUACCAAGCUAACCGUGGAGGGUUCAAAGAUAUUCCUGUCACCACAACUGUUAGAGACCAUGGCGCAACGUAUCAGGGAAGCACAAAUCCCUCCUACUCAGAAGGUUUACUGCCCGAAUGCCAGGUGCUCAGCCUUAAUGUCCUCGAGUGAAGCGAUACACCCACUGCAAGAACCUGAUGCUGGAGCCGAGACGUUGGGGAAGUGCGUGAAAUGCGGGCGCUUGUUCUGCGUCAAAUGUAAGGUCCCAUGGCAUUACGGGAUAAGUUGCGUUGACUACAAGAGAAGGUACCCUCAUGCUCUACAGAACCUUGCGCAGCGGCGGUCGUGGCGCCAGUGCGUCAAAUGCAAGCACCUGAUCGAGCUCGCUGAGGGUUGCUACCAUAUCACCUGCGUGUGCGGCUAUGAGUUCUGCUACACCUGUGGGAAAGAAUGGAAGGACAAGAAGGCAACCUGCUCCUGCCUUCUGUGGGAUGAACGCAAUAUAAUCCGUGACCGAGGAGGACGACGAUGAUCACACUGCUGAAGUGCUGCUGAUGACUACGAGGACGAUGAUCUUUACUCUGUCAGUGAAGGCCUUGUGAGUUGUGAUUAUAUAACCUGAACUACGGUCGGUGUGAUGAGAGGUUCAUUGCCAUGGCCGUUUCUGUCAUUAGAAUCACUUGUCUUUCAUCCAGCGUUUCAGAACCAACUUGUUUUGCCGCUAUAUGUGGGUAGUCAGCUACACGAGAUAAACAGGAUGUCCUACCGUAC